AUGGAUCGCAGUUGGAUGCAAAAAAAUCGCUCGAGUGAGGAGUAUAAAAAUGGAAUAUUAGAGUUUUUGAAAUUUUCUGAAACUAACCUUCCUCAAAGUAAUGGAAGUAUUCAUUGUCCUUGUGUUAAAUGUUUUAAUAUUGCACCUCUAAAAGUUGAGGUCGUACUUGAACACUUAGGAAUGCAUGGUAUUUGCAAAAAUUAUACGACAUGGACAUGGCACGGAGAAUUGUUAGACCCUCCAAAGGGCUCUAAAAAACAAAAGGUUGAUGUAGAGAUGGGCGAUCAACUAGAAGAAAUGAUUCGUGAUAUUGGUCAAGACUCUUUUCAGCGAGCAUAUGUGUAUGAUACUCUUUGUAGUGACAAAGAAAUUCCUUUGUAUCCGGGUUGUAAAAACUUUACACGAUUGUCGGCUAUAUUGAGAUUGUUCAAUUUGAAGGCAAUAAAUAAUUGUACUGAUAAGAGCUUUACAGAAUUGCUCGAGUUACUGAAGGAGAUGCUUCCAGAUGAGAAUACAUUGCCACAUCGUACAUAUGAGGCGAAAAAGAUAUUAUGUCCAAUGGGUAUUGAGUAUAAGAAAAUACACGCAUGCCCCAAUGACUGUGUAUUGUAUUGGAAAGAGAAUGAAGGCCUAGACAAUUGUCCCAAGUGUAUGGUUUCACGUUAUAAGAAGAAGGGGGAUGAUGAGGGUUAUGAACAGAUCACAAAAGGUCCUCCUGCAAAGGUAUUAUGGUAUCUUCCAAUUAUUCCAAGAUUUAAGAGAUUGUUUGCCAAUGCAAAUGACGCAAAAAAUAUUAGAUGGCAUACAGAAGAGAGAAAAUGUGAUGGAAAACUUCGUCAUCCAGCUGAUUCUUUACAAUGGAAGAAAGUUGAUUCAUUGUUUCCGGAUUUCGGAAAUGAGCCAAGAAACCUUAGACUUGGACUUUCUACUGAUGGAAUGAAUCCAUAUGGUAGUUUAAGUAGUAAUCACAGUUCAUGGCCUGUUAUCUUGGUUAUUUAUAAUCUAUCUCCUUGGUUAUGCAUGAAACGCAAGUAUGUUAUGUUAUCGAUGAUUUCAGGACCAAAACAGCCAGGAAAUGAUAUAGAUGUUUAUCUCAGUCCGUUGAUUGAAGACUUAAAAAUACUGUGGGAGGAAGGCAUUGAUGUAUUUGAUGGGUAUUCAUGUGAAAAUUUUAAAUUGCGUGCCAUGUUAUUUUGUACAAUUAAUGACUUUCCUGCUUAUGGGAAUUUGUCUGGCUAUACUGUUAAAGGGCAUAAAGCGUGUCCUAUAUGUGAAGAAGACACAUGUUAUCAUCAAUUGAAACAUGGAAAGAAAACUGUUUAUCUUGGACAUCGAAGAUUUCUCAAACGUAAUCAUCCAUAUCGAAGGUUGAAAAAGGCAUUUAAUGGAUAUCCAAAGAAUGAGUUAGCUCCUAAGGCCUUAACCGGGAAACAAGUAUAUCAGCGGGUCAAGAACAUACAUGUUAGUUUUGGAAAGAAACAAAAGCAUUCUACUGAAAAAAAUAUAUGGAAGAAGAGGUCAGUGUUCUUUGAUCUUCCAUAUUGGUCUAGUCUUGAUGUAAGACAUUGUAUUGAAAUUAUGCACGUGGAGAAAAAUGUUUGUGAUAGUGUUAUCGGAACACUUCUCAACAUUCAAGGCAAGACAAAGGAUAAUUUGAAUUCACGUAAAGAUCUUGUUGAAAUGGAAAUAAGAGAACAAUUAGCUCCAGAAUCGAGAGGUAAGAAGAUAUAUUUGCCACCAGCAUGCCAUACAUUGUCGAAAAAAGAGAAAACAAGUUUUUGUGAGUGUUUACAAGGUGUAAAAGUUCCACAAGGGUACUCUUCAAAUGUUAAAAGUCUUGUGUCAAUGAAAGAUCUCAAGCUAGUUGGAUUAAAAUCUCAUGAUUGUCACAUAUUGAUGCAACAACUACUUCUUGUAGCUAUCCGUGGAAUCUUACCAAAAAAUGUUCGACACGCCAUAACUAGAUUAUGCUUAUUCUUUAAUGAUGUGUGUAGUAAAUUGAUUGACCCUGAGAAAUUGGACGAGUUGGAAAACGAGUCUAUUAUUAUCUUGUGUCAGUUGGAGAUGUUCUUUCCACCGUCAUUUUUUGACAUCAUGGUUCACUUAAUAGUUCAUAUAGUGCGAGAGAUUAGAAUAUGUGGACCUGUUUAUUUAAGGUGGAUGUAUCCUUUUGAACGAUACAUGAAAAUAUUGAAAGGCUAUGUGAAGAAUCAAUAUCGUCCUGAAGCAUCUAUUAUUGAAAGGUAUAUCACAGAAGAAGCAAUUGAGUUUUGUACAAAUUAUUUAUCAAAUGCAAAACCUGUAGGCCUUCCUAAGUCACGUCAUGAUGGAAGAUAUGAUGGUAAGGGUACGCGUCUAAAGGUUAAGCACAUGGCUCAUGCAGAAGUAUUUCAAGCACAUUUGUAUAUUUUGAAUAACACUGUUGAGGUUGAGCCAUAUUUGUCUAGACAUAAAACCAUUGUCAAGGAGAUGUAUCCUCGAAUGAAUGGAAAAUGGUUGUUGAAUGAACAUAACAAGACAUUCCUAAAGUGGUUUAAAAUAGAAAUUAUGAAUGAUCAUACUGCUUCUGAUACAUUAAAAUGGUUAGCAAAUGAGCCUAGCUUUAAUGUCUUAUGUUGGAGUGGAUAUGAUAUAAACAAAUUCUGCUUUUGUACCAAGUCACAAGAUGACAAGAGUACCAUGCAAAAUAGUGGAGUCAUGGUUAUGGCUUCUUCGAUGCACUUCUGUAGUUCAAAAGAUAAAAACCCUGUUCUGGCAUCCAUAGCUUAUUUUGGUGUCAUUGAGGAGAUUUGGGAGCUAAACUAUUGUAAGUUUAAAGUGCCUAUUUUUAAAUGUAAGUGGGUUAAUAGUAACACUGGUGUAAAAACUGACGAAUUAGGAUUUACACUAGUUGACCUUGAUAAGGUAGGUUACAAGGAUGAACCUUUCAUUAUGGCAGUCCAUGCAAGACAAGUGUUUUAUGUCAAGGAUCCCUCGAACAACAAAUGGUCAGUCGUCCUCCAAAGAAGAAGCAUGUAUCAAAGUGAUGAAAAUGAAGAUUUGACUUUUGAUAUUGGUGACAUUACUACUUUUUCAUCCCAAAGACCAUCUUUCAGUAAUGAAAAUGAAGUGGAUGAUGUGUAUGCCACUCGUUAUGACCAUCAAGAAGGGAUAUUGGAGGAUAAUAACAAAUGA